GAAAACAUCAGUAUACAUUAUGAUAAUAUAAGUGCGUUUUUGUUAAGAAGAUAGAUAAUGAUUUGACCCAACUAACUAUUACGCUACCUUAACAAGAAUUUUUUAUACAACGGUCUAAUUUAAUUCAAAAUUCAAACACACACUCUCUCUCUCGGCUCAAGUGUCAAGUGCUGCUUGUUAGACUUAUAUUAUAGUACAUUGAUAUGGUUUUACCGUUACUCUCCUUGACCAACAAGAGAUGUCCAUAUAUGCACAGGAACACAAGUUCAUAAAUGCCAUUCAACUGCUUCAAAAUUUAAAUAUAGCUACCUUCAAAUUGGGAAAGCGCCUUUUCUUCUCUGUUCCAACUUCCAAGUAUUCAGGUUUUUGUUGCAAGCUGAGCAAAUAGUGGAUAUGUAACAAGUUAUAUGAAGAACUGGGACACAUAUUCAGGAUUUGAGUAAUUUUCUUUACUCUUGUCGAUGCUACAAAUUCAUUCAGUUCAUUCUAAUUGAAGAAAAUGCCGAGAUUAAGCAUGUUUUUACAGCCUCAGAAGUUCCAAGGACUGAAAGCCCGAAACUAUCCCAAAUGACCUCACAACCCAAUACAGUCAACAAAAAGAAACUCGGAAGCCGAAUAGCCGACUUGGAAUCUCAACUCGGGCAAGCGCAGGACGAACUCAAAUGUCUCAAAUACCAGCUUCUCCCAAUCGACCCCACCAAAAAAUCAGCCCACGAGCAGCUCGAUCAGAAACAGCCGAAAAAAUCUCCUGAGAAGAAGACUACACCUCCUCCCAUGGAUGUUUAUGAAGUCCCUGUUCAGAAUGUAGCUGUGGAACUUAAAAUGGAGCCUCCUGGCCAAGAAAAAGAAGAACUCAAACCAAAACCCAUGAAUCCGUUGCCCAAUGAGCUGGCAUUAUCGGAGGAUGAUGAUGAACUGAACAAGGUGAAGGCCAAGUUGGACGAGAGGGACAAAGAACUCGAAAUCCUCCGUGAAGAAAACGAGAAUAUGAAAACACGGCUUCUUGAGAAGUCGUUAAUGAUAUCGUGGGCCGAGUCCGAAAUCGAGGAACUGACUCUAAAGGUGAGUAAAUUUGAGCAAGAGCUGGAAAAGAGUAAAACUGGAGCUGCUCGUAUGGCCGAGAGGCUGGAAGCUGCAGAGAAAGGUAAAGAGGAGCUUGAAAACGAGAUGAAGAGGGUGCUCGUGCAGAGCGAACAGUGGAGGAAAGCGGCUGAUGAAGCCGCUAAUAUUUUGGCGGGCGAGAGUUUGGAGACAGAUGGCAGAAGAAUGAUGAUAUCCAAUAGGUGUGGGUCCAUGAACAAGCAACACUAUGAAAAUGCCGGUUUUUUUGGGUCACCGGGGUUUGUUGAUGAGGCUGACGAGGGUUUUGGAAGUGGGAAGAAGAAAGGCUCGUCGGGAAUUAGGAUGUUUGUGGGUGAUCUGUGGAAAAAGAAGGGACAAAAAUAGUGUUUGAAUUGUUCGGUUUAUUUAAGGUGGUAAAAAUGGCUUCUCACCAUUUUUAGGCUGUUUUGUUGGUGGUAUUUGUAAUGUGAUAUCUCAUGCUGUGUGUUGUUGUUGUAUUGUCGUAGGAGAGGGGAGCUGAGAUAGGUUUGGAUAUCAUGCCUUCUUUUAACUUAUAAUGUUAGGAAGUUGGUUUUGUUGUAUUUGUGGGAAGUGGUUUUUGGUUGUGUUUUCUCCAGAUGGUGAGGCCACAAAGAUGUGAUGGUCUAACUGGGGUUACUGACAAAUAUAAACUGUUUUCUGGUAUCUUGAAAAUCAAUGGAGUUGAGUGAUUAAGAAAGGCCGAGUUAGGGCUCUUGGUAGACCUGAUGGGAGCUCGACAUGGAACUGAAGAGGUCGACUAAAGACCUAAAAGGUAGACUUGCUCAUUGAAGACCAAAACGGCGCAGUUUAAAGAGAGUCGAGCUAAUAGCACAAUUAUGUUUAAUGUAACUACCUAAUGAGAUAGGCUAGUAUGAACACAUCAAGAUAAUGGAUGAAAGUUUCCCCUAUAUAUAUUUUCGUGAUAUGUUGAGUCUAAGUGGCAGACUCGCAUGCUUCAAGAUCUUAUGUGUUAAGACGUUUGAUAUCUUGUUUUCAUUACUGCUUAAA